GCUUUCUUCAUUUCAUCUGUGUAUCGGUAUGUUUAGUCGGCAUAUACAGUUGUCCAUCGUGUAGAUUUGUUUGAUUUAUCUGCCAGGAAUUAAAAGUGUUAGUUUGGAGAGCGUAGAAGCCAACAUUCGGCAAGAAAAUGGAUCAAGAGAUAAGAGUGGUUGUUCUGGGUCACCAGUCCUCUGAAAAAACAUCAGUGAUAAACAGUAUUUUAGGUGAAGAUGAGGCAGACAGAUUUUUCGUGAAGUCUGUGAGGAGAGACGGUGACGUGAAUGGACGGAAGAUCGCUCUGAUUAACACACCCUACUGGUGGAAUAUAUUUGACCUGCGAGACUCACCAGAAGUGAUCAAACAGGAACUGGUGUGCAGUGUCUUCCUGUGUCCACCAGGACCUCAUGUUUUUCUGCUGGUCGUUGAUCUCAGUUUGUCUUUUACUCAAGAACACAGAAUCAGUAUUGAGGAACAUCUUGGUCUCUUUGGAGACAGAAUCUGGUCACACGUCAUAGUGCUCUUUACACGAACAGUUUCACUGAAAGAUGAAUCCAUUGAGCAGCACAUACAGAAUCAAGGAGAAGAUCUGCAGCAGAUCAUCCAGAGAUGUGGACACAGAUACCACAUCUUUGAUAUUGAAAAUAAAGGUAAUGGAGUUGAAGAACUGCUCGUGAAGAUUGAUGGUGUUGUGACUGUAAACAAUGGCAAACACUUUGAAACUGAUGAUGAAAAACUACUUGAGGUGAAGAAAAAGAGAGAAGAAAUUCAAGAGAGAGCAAAAGCCAGACAAACAAUGGUGCAGGAAAAAACAGAACAACUGACAGAAAAAGGUGACGUGUUUCCACUCCGAUCACUGAGACUUGUUCUGGUUGGUUGGAUCCUUGCUGGGAAAAGUGUAGCAGGAAACACCAUCUUGAAUGAUGACGUAUUUAAAGCAGGAAAAAUAAAAUCAUAUGUAGAAGGUUCUGGUGAUGUGAAUGGAAGGAAGAUAACGGUGAUGGACACACCAGGCUGGUGGAAGUUUGUUUCAACCCAAUUCAAUCCAGAGUUUAUCCAGACAUCACUUCUAGAGAGUGUUUCAGAAAGUGGAAAAUUUCCCCAUGCAGUAAUAUUAGUGAUUCCUGCUGACACUUCAUUUAAGAAAGAACAAAAGAGAAUCAUUGAAGAAAAUCUGUCUGUUCUCGGAGAGGAAGUCUGGAAACACACCAUAGUUUUGUUCACAUGGAGCGACAGAUUUCCAGACAUCUCAAUCGAGGAGCACAUUGAGAGUGAAGGAGACGCACUCCAGUGGCUGAUUGAGAAAUGUGGGAACAGAUAUCACGUCUUUGACAACACAGACAGGAAGAAUCGAGAUCAAGUCACACAGCUGCUCCAGAAGAUUGAUCAGAUGGUGGCAGAAAACUGUCUGUUCAGUCUCGACACUCGCUGUGCUGCAGAAAUGAAUCUUCAUGAGACUGACACACAACAAGAUCUGGAUUCAGAGGAGGAAAUCAAUCUGGACACUCAACAUGUGAUGAAAUUAAUAAAUGAGGAUUUGAAGAACAGGUUGAAGGGAUUAAAAAAUACAACAAAAGAAAUAUUGAUGGAUUUCACUGAAGAUAUUGAUGUUGCAAGCCAUAUUAGCAUGCCAGAACCUCCAGAAUUUAAAGAGGAUGAAUCAAAUAAUCCUUCUGAAACACAGAUCAUCAAACAUCAACAGGAGAUCAUUCAAGAGAAACUCCAGGAUCAGAUUAAAAGGGAAGGAAACAGAUGGGAAGCCAUUUUAAUGGAGGGACUCUUCAAUAUUUUGCAGAUUUCUAAAGAAUCAUGUGAUGAAAAUGGGAUCCAAAGAUCAGAUGAGGUGUGGAAGUGGCUUCAAAGAUGUGAGGAAUACAGAACAUCUGCAUAUGGAUCAAUCUCUAAUCUCAGUGAUCCAACUGAAGAUUCACAGAAUAGAGAGACAUCAGAAGAUACAGAGACAUUUUCACAAGCUUAACAUCAAAUCACAUUAUCAACAGUUCAAUCAGAUUGUGAUUGAUUUGAAAAAGUUUAGAACAUCUAGAACAUUUUGUAUUUUCUGCUUUGAUAAACUGUAAAUCUGUAAUUUUUGGUAAUUUAAAUAAUUUUACUUCAUGUUCAUAAUUCUGUUUUUCAAGCAAUUUAAGUUUCUUGAUGGAAUGUUACUCAAAUUGUUAUAUGAUGACUACACGGUAUAUGAAUCAUAUACUAUACUACGCAAUAGAUAUCUUAUCAUAACCGAAUAAGUUUUGUUUUGAAAUGUUACUGCAAUGCGUUUUUAAGAGUAACAAAUUAUGUCACACUUAAAUCUAUUUAGUUGACACCAACUCAUUUCAUCGCGAAUUCUGAUCAGACUGAUCUCACAGUGAAAUCUGAAACAGUAGUUUGACUUUCCUUUAGAUAAAAUCAGUCUAUGCUUACUGAUAUUGGAAAAACUGCCCCCAGUGGCCAAAGCUUUAAGUGUUGUUGGGGAUAUGGGCACAUGGGAGAUCCAUUUUCUGUGUGAAAUAUCCACGGAUGGGCACCAAAAGUGAGAUGUGCAAGCUGUAAUACAGUGAAGAGGAAUGCAUAUUUUAUAAACUUUACCCCCCACCCCAAACCUAAACCUAACCAUUACUGGUGUAAAAAUGUAAUGUUAGAGGGAAAAAUGAAACCUCUGAA